AUGGAGUGUUUUGCGAUGCGCACAGGGCGUUCGCUCAAGCGGCUGGGUCUUUGGUCUCGCUAUGCUUCUCAUAUAUCCUUUCCGUCGUUUAUUUCCCACAGACAAUAUGUGCUGGUUCCGACCGCCCGGCGCAUGAAAGCCCAUCAGUCCGACCAACCCGAUCCUUUGGACACACGAGCUUCCAUCGAGGAGAUCCCCGAACCUCCUCAGGCGCAACCGCUUACGGGAUAUUAUUCCUUGAUCCUGAAAUCGCCCACACCAUAUACUGGUCGUGCAGUGACGUCGCGACCGACACCUCGGCCCGAAGCCACACCGAGCACGACCGUGGAGCCUCAGACGCCGCAAGAAAAGAUGGCAAUUGUCUUUGGUACUCGACUCGCCGGUCCAGGGCGGUCCUCACGCUACAAUCCGGGGGAACAACCCAUGUCUGCAUGGAAAACCAUCAACGGCGUACCAAUUCCCCCGCAGCCCGAAGAACCAGACAACUGCUGCAUGAGUGGCUGUGUGAAUUGCGUCUGGGACGAUUUCCGGGAUGAGAUGGAAGAAUGGGGUUCCAGAAUUUCAGCUGCAAAGGCUAAAGGUGGCGCUGAGAAAGGCACGGGGGACAUGCGUGCAGCGCCUAGAAAAGAGGUCAGCGCGGCCAGUGGAAGUAUGGACGAUGACGGUGGAGGCAGUGAGACACUUUGGACCAAGCCGAGUCAAGAUGAAGACUUAUUUUCCAACAUACCCGUUGGGAUUCGAGAAUUCAUGAAGAUCGAGAAAAAAUUAAAGGUGAAGCACCAGAAGGAGGCCGCACCGUGA